AUGGUGUUCCGAGCCCCUAUCUGUGAAAAGCUCCCAGAGACGGCGUGGCCCCCUGGGGGCUUCCCAGGGACGACGGCGCCCCCAGGGGUCCUCCCAAGGGUAGUGGCGUCCCCAGGGGUCUCCCAGGAACGACAGUGCCCCCAGGAGCCAUCCCAGCUCCGAAGGUGCCAAGAGGGGCACUCUAAGAAACGGCGGCACCCCCAGGGGCCCUCCCAAGGUCAGCCUCCCGGGGCUGUGGCGACCCCAGGGACACUCCCAACGGUGGCGGCGCCCCCAAUGACCCUCUCAGGGGCGGUGGCGUCCCCAGGGAAGCUGCCAGGGGCGGCGGCGCCCCCAGCGACCCUCCUAGGGGUGUCGGCGUAUCCAGGGAUCCUCCCAGAGUUGUCGGCACACCCAGGAGCGACAGCGCCCCCAAAGAUUCACCCAGGGGCUGUGGCGCAUCCAGGGACCCUCCCAGGGGCGGCGGCGCCCCCAGAGACCGCUGCGCACCCAGGGACCCUCCCAAAGGUGGUGGCGUUCCCGGAAUCCUACUCAGGGGCAGCAACGCCCCCAGGAACCCCCCCAGGGGCGACAGCGCCCCAAGGGACCUUCUCAGAGGCGGCAAAGCCUCCAGAAAUCCUCCCAGAGAUGGCUGCGCCCCCCGGGGGCUUUCCAGGGGCGAUGGGACCCCCCAGGGACGGCGGUACCCCCACGGGCUCUCUUAGGGGCAACGGCGCCCCCAGGGGUUCUCUCAGGGGUGGAGCCGACCUCAGGGAACCUUUCAGGAUUAGCGGGGGUCCCCAGGGAUCCUCCCAGGGGCGGGGGUGCCUCCUGGACUCUCCCAGGGGCGGUGGCGCUCCCAGAGACUCUCCCAAGGGCGGCUACACCCCCAGCGACCCAACCAUGGGCGGCGUCGCCCCCUGGACCAUCCCAGAGGCUGCGCCCUCCCUGCAGGGACCCUACCAAGGAGUUCUAAAUAGCGCAGAAACUACUGUACCUAGGGGCCUUACCACUCUGGCACUCCCAGGGGCCUUCCUAGGGUCGGCGGCGCCCCCAAAGGCGACAGUGCCCCCAGUGACACUCCCAGUGGAGCCGAGGCCCACAGAGACCCUUCCAGGGGCGUCGGGGCACCCUGGAACCCUCCCAGGGACUCUCCCAGGAAAGGGGGCGCCCCCAGGAUCCCUCCCAGGGACACCGGUGCCCCUAGGGACGCUCACAGGGACGGCGGAACCGUCCAGGGACCAUAUCAUAGGCAGCGACGAACCCAGGGACCUCCCUAGGGAGUCGGGGCACCCAGGGACUCUUCCCGAGGCGGCGGCGCUCCCAGGGAUCCUCCCAUGA